AUGGUGCCCGCGAUUUUCGUGUUGGGUGACUCAUUCGUCGAUGUUGGGAACAACAAUUACCUCCCGCUUACAUUAGCAAGAGCAGAUUUCCCACAUAAUGGAAUCGACUUCCCUGGGAGGAAUGCGACAGGAAGGUUUAGCAAUGGCAAGAAUGCCGUUGAUUGGCUAGCCGAGAAGGUGGGGUUACCGAGUCCACCACCUUACCUAUCUAUCGACUCAAACUCGAGAACAUCAUACCUGUGUGGUGUCAACUUCGCUUCUGGUGGGGCAUCAAUCCUCAAUGAGACAACGGAUCCACAAAAUACGCAAUCAAUAGCUCUAUGGCAGCAAGUGGAUUACUAUCUGAAGGUGCAUGAACACCUCAUGAAGCGACUGGGAUCCAACGGUGCCAAGAAGCAUCUAUCAAAGUCUCUGUUCUUCAUUAUGAUCGGUAGCAAUGACAUCCUUCGCUACUCCCGAUCAUCUGAUCCCAAAAAGCCCACCCCGAAACGGUACGUCAACCAGAUGACCACCUUGCUCAAGGCCAAGUUAAAGGUACAUGAUGAUACCACUGAUACCGAUGCAUGA